AGAAAAACAAUCAAUUAUGUUUUCUUCUUCUUCUUCCCCUCCAUGUCGUUAUUGUAUAUAAUUUUAUAUGCAUAAUCCUUUAGGCUUCAUCAUCAAUCAUAUAUUGUCUCCUUGAGAUUCCUGGCUUGUUCAAGAGCAAGCCAGAGGUCAUUCAUUGGAUAUCAUUUAUUUUGAAUGAAAUAUUGAGACUACUAGACUAUUUUGAGCUAUGUUGUGUUGUGGAGGUGCAGAAGAGGAUUUUGGCAUUCCACCUGGAAAUCAAUAUAAUGCAUCACCUAAAAAGGGUAAUGCAUAUAAUGGUGGAGGAGGAGGUGACAGAGGCGAGCCUAGGGGUAAUGUUGUAAAAAAUGGUGCUCCACAAAAAACAUUGCCAAUUGAGAUACCCGCUAUUUCAUUGGAUGAGUUAGAUCGAUUAACAAGCAACUUUAGUACAGAGGCUUUGAUAGGAGAAGGUUCUUAUGGGAAGGUUUACUAUGCAAAAUUGAGCGACGGUAUGGAAGCUGCAAUCAAGAAGCUGGAUACAAGUUCUUCCCCAGACCCUGACUCUGAUUUUGCAGCACAAUUAUCAAUUGUUUCAAGAUUGAAGAAUGUGCAUUUUGUGGAGUUGAUGGGGUAUUGUCUUGAGGAAAAUUAUAGAAUUUUGGUUUAUCAAUAUGCAAGUUUGGGUUCUUUGCAUGAUGUGUUACACGGAAGAAAAGGAGUGCAAGGUGCUGAACCUGGUCCAAUUUUAAAUUGGAGUCAAAGAGUAAAAAUUGCAUUUGGUGCAGCAAAAGGACUUGAGUUUCUUCAUGAAAAGUGUCAACCUUCUAUAGUUCAUCGCGAUGUUAGAUCUAGCAAUGUCUUACUCUUCAAUGACUAUGAGUCCAAGGUUGCAGAUUUCAACUUGACAAAUCAAUCUUCUGACACUGCAGCACGACUACAUUCAACAAGAGUCUUAGGAACAUUUGGCUAUCAUGCUCCAGAGUAUGCCAUGACAGGCCAAAUAACCCAAAAAAGCGAUGUUUAUAGUUUUGGAGUUGUGCUUUUGGAACUUUUAACAGGAAGAAAGCCAGUAGACCAUACAAUGCCUAAAGGGCAACAAAGUCUUGUCACUUGGGCAACUCCAAGAUUGAGUGAGGACAAAGUGAAACAAUGUGUGGAUCCUAAACUAAACAAUGAAUACCCACCCAAGGCAAUUGCUAAGUUAGCAGCAGUUGCAGCACUUUGUGUACAAUAUGAAGCUGACUUUAGGCCAAACAUGACUAUUGUUGUCAAAGCUCUUCAACCACUUCUUAAUUCAAAACCAGCUAGCGUUGAUCCAGACACUUGACUUUUUAGCCAUAGAUAAUUAAGAAUCAGAGACUAAUCAGAUUUUUGUGCAACUUGUUACAUAAUGAAGCCAAUCUAAUCUUUCUUUCAUUGAUCUAGUGGUUUAUGUUAAGCUAAACAAAUGUUGUAUUUGUCUUCUUGAUUCUUAUACAAUUGACGACAUGUAUUUUGUGCAUAAUGAAUAAAGGAGACCAUAAUUUCCCCUUAA